ACGUCUCUGAAACAAGAAUUAAAGAUGAUGACGAUGAAGAAGAUAAUGAUGACGAUGGUGAUGAUGAUGAUUACACACAUGAAAUUAUUGUUCUGCUUUUAACCCUGUCGGAACACACACACACACACACACACACAGGAGCGGUGGGCAGCCACAUGCAGAGCCCGAUGUGAUGACAUCAGGAUAGAGGAGCGUCAUUUCUGUGAUGUCAGAGACGACACCUGACGUGAUAGCACCUGCAGAGAAGAGAACCAGGCGAGAACAGGACCCUGCAGAACCUCAUGAGAGGAGGAAGAGUCCAAACCCAACAGGAUCAGAACACACCAGAGGUUGACCCGGUCCAAAGUGGACCCCAGAUGGAGAAACUGAACCAACAUCGAGCAAGUGUUCAGGUCUGUUCAGACUCACAGACUCUCAAGAUGACAAGCAUGGCGGCAGAGCUGGCCAGGAGGAAGGCCCGGGUGGAGGAUGGCACCGGCAGCCGGGCCAACGCCGUCCCCUACAACCAGCAGGACUUUGAGCAGUUGCGGAGGGAGUGUCUGCAGUCGGGCUCGCUGUUCUGCGAUCCAACCUUCCCCGCAGACUGGGACUCUCUGGGAUACAACCAGCUGGGACGAUACUCCUCCAAAACCAUCGGAGUGGAGUGGAAACGACCCACGGAGCUGUGUUCUGACCCUCAGUUCAUUGUUGACGGAGCAAAGAGGACGGACAUCUGUCAGGGAGUACUGGGUGACUGCUGGCUGCUGGCUGCCAUCGCCUCUCUGACUCUGGACCCUCAGAUCCUGAACAGAGUGGUUCCUCCUGGACAGAGCUUCAAGUCACAGUACGCUGGCAUCUUCCACUUCCAGCUGUGGCAGUAUGGGGAGUGGGUGGACGUGGUUGUGGAUGACCGGCUGCCCACCAGAGACGGGAAGCUGCUGUUCGUCCACUCGGCCGAGGGAGGAGAGUUCUGGAGCGCCCUGCUGGAGAAGGCCUACGCCAAGGUGAACAGCUCGUACGAGGCUCUGACUGGAGGCUCCAGUAUCGAAGGUUUUGAGGACUUCACCGGAGGAAUUGCAGAGAGCUACGACCUGAACAAGGCUCCACCCUUCCUGUUCAACAUCAUGAGGAAGGCGCUGAAGCUCGGCUCGCUGCUCGGCUGCUCCAUCGACAUCUCCAGCUCAUAUGAGACGGAGGCCAUCACUCGUCAGAAACUGGUUAAAGGUCACGCCUAUUCUAUCACUGCAGCACAGCAGGUUCUUCACUUUGGUUCUCCCGUGGAGCUGCUGAGGAUCAGGAACCCCUGGGGCCAGGUGGAGUGGACCGGAGCCUGGAGCGACAAUUCGAAGGAGUGGGAUGGAGUUCAGCCGGAGGAGAAGAAGAAACUGGAUCACUCUGCUGAGGAUGGGGAGUUCUGGAUGUCCUUCCCUGACUUCCUGCGUCAGUUUUCCCGCCUCGACAUCUGUAACCUAACCCCCGACACGCUGACCAGUGACGAGGUCGGCCGGUGGAGCUACAGUGAGUUUGACGGUGUGUGGCGAGUCGGCUCCACCGCCGGAGGCUGCAGGAACUACCCAGCCACGUUCUGCUCCAACCCUCAGUUCUUCAUCCGGCUCGAGGACGUGGACGACGACCCUCAUGACGGUGAGGACGGCUGCACCGCUCUGAUUGGUCUGAUGCAGAAAGACGCUCGCAGGGAGAGACGCUUCGGACGAGACCUGAACACCAUCGGAUUCGCCAUCUACCAGGUUCCUGAUGAGUAUAAAGGUCGUAGUAACAUCCACCUGGGUCCGGAUGUCCUGCUGAGGAGGACGGCGGUGGCUCGUAGUCAGAACUUCAUUAACCUGCGGGAGGUGUGCGACCGCUUCAAGCUGCCACCCGGAGAGUACGCCGUCAUCCCGUCCACCUUCGAGCCGCACCGCAAAGGAAGCUUCGUCCUCAGAGUGUUCACGGAGAAACAGGCGCACAGCAGUCCGAUGGAGGAGGAUGUUGACGCUGACAUCUCAGAGCCGGACAUCAGACAGGACGAUGUGGACCCGCACUUCAAACGUCUCUUUGUUCAGAUUUGUGGAAACGACUCAGAGAUCUCGGCCUUCGAGCUGCAGCAGAUUCUGGACAAAGUGGUCGCUCAGAGAUCUGAUGUAAAAACUGACGGAUUCAGUCUGCAGACCUGCCGCAACAUCAUCAGCCUGCUGGACAUGGACGGCAGCACUAAACUGGGUCUGUUGGAGUUUCACACUCUGUGGACCAAGAUGCAGAAAUAUCUGGAGAUCUUCAGGAGUCAUGACUCGGAUGGUUCGGGUACAAUGAGCAGUCAUGAGAUGAGGUCGGCGCUCGCUGAAGCAGGUUUCCAGGUGAACAGUGCGGUGGUUCAGGAAGUCGUCAGUCAUUACGCUGACGUCACUUUUUCAAUAGACUUCGACUGUUUCAUCAGCUGUUUGAUCCGUCUGGAGAUGUUAUUCAAGGUCUUCAGAACUCUGGACAAGAAGAAGGAGGGAAAGAUCCAACUGGACCUGCAGCAGUGGCUCUGCCUCGCCAUGAACUGAACACCGCCUGGUCCAGGUGCAUGCUGGGAGUCACUUCAGCACCUAAUUAUCAUUUAUUGAUUUAUUGAUUCGUCAGUACUGAUGACAUGAUCAUGUCUGUUUUCAUCUGAUUAUUGAUGAG